AAGAUAAUUGGCUUAUUUGCCCAGUUGUUAGUCUUUGAGGUUGCAAGUUUGACGGGUCAGCUAAACCAGAUGGUGGACCGUGAGUCCGGUUAUGCGGCUCCUUUUGCUCGUCGCCCAGCAACAUGGUCUGAACUGUGACUCGACUAAGGUCGAUGACACAGGUCUCGGGUUCUUUUUAGUGUCUUUUUGUAUCCCAUGAGGGUGCGAAAACCCUUUGAUCGCCGGGACCCCAGAUAGUCCUUUGUUGCCAUUACUUUAUGUUGUGUUGACAUUGGCCGGGGAAAAAGACUAUUGUGUGAAUUAACAGAAAAUGGAUCCGUAGGUGCCAUCAUUAUUAGAUCGCGUUACUUUUUAGCGCAUUCAUUAAGCAUCGGUUAUGCAUGAGCAGGCAUGGGAAAAUUAUUUUGAUCUGUUCAAGGAUUCUGAAGGCUCGGUAAUAGUCGUCAUCAUCAUCAUUAAUAAAGGGAUCUGAAUGGUUGUUAAAUCCUUUACAGGAAAGAGUUCCGGAGGCCGGUGAACAAAAAAUAAUGAUUAUGCGAUCUUGCUUUUCUUUAAAAAAGAAUAUAUUAUAACCUAUUAUUAAAGUUACAUUGAAUGGAAAAGUUCCGUAGUCCUGAAAAGGCUCUAAUUUUCAUUUACUUCGAAGCACCAUGCUGUUUCCUUGACUCUCUAGGCAACAAAUCUUAGAUUUGAGUCCCUGGCACAGCUGUGUGUGGUUGACCCACCCAGAAUUCCAUUCCUACCCACUGCAACCAAGUAAUAUCUACCUUUCAUUUACUAUUUUGACCAUUGUUUGCCGGAUAAAUACCAACCAGCUGAACAGUCGGCAGUUGUGACAUUCUCACUAGAAAGAUCAGGGUAUUGGAAGAGAAGCAAGAGACACAGGCGGCUACCGCAGGAUCAGCAGGAUGUCAAAAGGGCCGAUGGCAGAUUGCCCAACUCCUCCCUCGCGUGAUCAAGGAAAAUCUAUUUGCCUGUCACAUUUCCAUUUUCCACGCAAUUCAAUUCAUUUCAUUGCGCAGGCGCAGAUCGCCCAUUUCCCUCGCAUUUUCAACGCAUUUUCCUACUAAUUAUGCGGGCUUCGGAUUUCGUAUCAAAUUAUAAACUUAUGCUGGCUGCCAGCUGGGUUGGAGCUAACGGAUAUUCCAGCCCAUUCUGCCCUCAGCCCUCAAGUCCUUUCGUAUUCGUUGUCGUACCGGCAAUCCUCGGAAGUAAUCGCAGGGGAAGGAGUAGCCCAGACAGAUGCGAGUGUCUUUCUCUUAUUUCGACACGGCACAUUUCCUAUAUUCGAGCAAGGGAAUGCGGAUCGUCCUGUCGUCCUUUUGCCCUAUAUCUGUCCUUAUCCUGCCCCUUGUCCUGCUAGGCAUUGAACCCUCCUCGUGCUGUCUUAAACUACAAUUGCAACAUUUGCGCGCGCUAAAAAAAUGUAUUUUCUAUAUGAGCCCGACGUCUUGACAAAUACACCGAUAAGACGUCUAGGGAUAAGGAAUUGUGGCACGAACCACCACCAAAGCAAGCCAAGGUGAAGAAUGUCUUUGUAUCGAAUAUGAAAUACCCUAGAAAAAGAAGGAUAAUGUCCUUCCAUGAUACAAUUUGUAUAACUUCCAUUGUAUAAUUUGUUAAUACCAUGAUACAAAUUUUUUGAUAUAAACUAUUAAAUUAGGCACUUAGAUUGGAAGUUGCUUCUAUGGUUUUCUAGUAUACUUUUUAUUGGUUAUUUUAAAUGAAACUAUUAAGUAAAAAAGAAAACUAUAUGGAACUAAACUAAGAACAUGGUUUCCUUAUAGUGGCAACAUAAAUACCCCACACCGUCUAGGGUACAAGCCACAGACAAUAACAAAGGAUCCUUGAUCGAGGGUUGUUUUCUGUGCCGUCUCCCUCACACCUUGUCGCCAUCUCACUUUCGCCCAUUUGAGCAGCUGACGGCGAUGUCUGCCUCCGUGAUCCUGGGCAGAAGGUGAGUUUAGUUAGGUUUUGACAGCGGAACGCGUAGGUUCAGUGAAACGGGAAGCAACGGGAAGCGGGUUAUUAGUGUAGAAUAGAAACAGACCAAGCCAAGUACAGCAAAAUUUUUAAACGGACUCAGACAAUUUGUUAAAUCUUUUUACCAAGAAAAAGUCAAAGUAACCAAACCAAAAACCAAAAAAGUUAAAGUUGUGUUUAUGUUUGAUCAUUGAGUUUUUGUUAUUACCAAAAAAAAGUUAUACGAGCGUUGUUAACAGUAACUGAGACAUCGGAAGAAAGAAUCGAAACAAAUCUAUUCACCACAAGUUAAAGAUUGAAAAACAAAGUACGAAAAUGUCCUUCUCCAAGGCCAAGUUGAAGCGCUUCAAUGAUGUGGAUGUGGCCGUUUGCGGCUCGCCAGCUGCCUCGAACAGCUCGGCAGGAUCGGCGGGCAGUGCCACGCCCACUGCAGCUGCUGCUGCUGCACCCACUGUUCAACCGGAGCGUAAGGAGCAGAUUGAGAAGUUCUUCAAGGAUGCGGUGCGCUUUGCCUCAAGCUCGAAGGAGGCCAAGGAAUUCGCCAUUCCCAAGGAGGACAAGAAGUCCAAGGGUCUAAGGCUGUUCCGUACCCCAUCGCUGCCACAGCGUCUUCGCUUCCGCCCCACUCCAAGCCAUCAGGAUGUGGCAAGCGGCAGCGCCAGUGGCGCCUCCACUGCUGCCUCCACCCCCUUGCACUCGGCAGCCACCACGCCGGUGAAGGAGGCCAAGUCCGCCAGCCGCUUGAAGGGCAAGGAGGCCCUGCAGCAGGAGAUCCGCCACAAGAACGAACUGAUCGAGAGCCAGCUGAGUCAGUUGGAUGUCCUGCGCCGCCAUGUGGAGCAGCUGAAGGAGGCCGAGGCCAAGCUGCGCGAGGAGCACGAACUCUCCACCGCCAAAAUGGAGCAGAUGAUUGAGGCUUUGACAGGCGAGAAUCUCUCGCACAAGUCCCUGAAUGAACAGAUGUCCCGGGAGCACUCCGAACUCCUGGAGCGAUUCGCCAACAUGGAGCAGCAAUUGCACCAGCAGCGGGAGGAGCACGAGCGCCAGGUGGACACCCUGAUUGCUGAGAGUGAGGCUCUGCGUCUGGCCAACGAGCAGAUGCAGGCGGCAAGCGACGAGCGGGCCUCCCACCAGGAGCAGCUUCAAAACCAGCUGGCCGAGCUCCAGAUGGAGGUGGCCCAGGCCAAGGAGCGUUGCACCAUGGAGCAGGCUAAGACCGCAGAGAACAUCGUGUUGGUGGAAGAUCUCCAACAGAGCAAUGCUUCGCUCCUGGCUGAGGUGAGCCAACUGAAGAAUCAGAUCGAACAGGAUGCUCUGAACUAUGGCCAGGAGGCAAAGAGCACCCAGGCGGAGUUGGAGUGCCUGAAGGUUGAGCGCAAUACCCUGAAGAACGACCUGGCCAACAAGUGCACACUCAUCCGUUCGCUGCAGGACGAGUUGCUGGACAAGAACUGCGAGAUUGAUGCCCACUGCGACACCAUCAGGCAGCUGUGCCGGGAGCAGGCUCGCCAGGCGGAGCAACAGCAGGCGGUGGCCAAGGUGCAGCAGCAGGUGGAGAGCGAUCUGGAGGGCGCCGUGGAGCGUGAGAAGACCUACUGGCGCGCCGAGCUGGACAAGCGCCAGAAGCUGGCCGAGAACGAGCUCAUCAAGAUCGAGCUCGAGAAGCAGGAUGUGAUGGUGCUGCUGGAGACCACCAACGAUAUGCUGCGCCAGCGAGACGAGAAGCUCCAGAAGUGCGAGGAGCAACUGCGAAACGGCAUCGACUACUACAUCCAGCUGAGCGAUGCCCUGCAGCAGCAGGUCGUGCAACUGAAGCAGGACAUGGCCAAGACCAUCACGGAGAAGUACAACUACCAGCUGACCCUGACCAACACUCGGGCCACCGUCAACAUUCUGAUGGAGCGACUGAAGAAGUCGGACGCCGAUGUGGAGCAAUUCCGAGCGGAGCUUGAGUCUGUGCAGCUGGCCAAGGGCGCCCUGGAGCAGAGCUACCUGAGCCUGCAAGCGGAUGCGGAGCAACUGCGUCUACAACUGACCGAGAGCCAGGAGGCACUCUCUGCCUUGAGAUCCUCUUCCCAGACGCUGCAGGGCGAGGUAUCGUUGAAGGAGUCCAUGCUCCAUGAACUGCUCGCCGGCGAGGCAGAGACUUUGGCCAAAUUCAAUCAGAUUGCUAACUCGUUCCAGGAGCGAAUCGACGGGGAUGCCCAGCUGGCCCACUACCACGAGCUGCGCCGCAAGGACGAGACCCGCGAGGCCUACAUGGCCGACAUGAAGAAGGCCCUGGACGAGUUCGCCACCGUGCUGCAGUUCGCCCAGCUGGAGCUGGACAACAAGGAGCAGAUGCUGGUUAAGGUGCGCGAGGAGUGUGAGCAGCUGAAGCUGGAGAACAUUGCCUUGAAAUCGAAGCAGCCAGGCUCCGGUGCCGCUCUCCUGGGCACCCCCGGCAAGGCCAACCGCUCCAACACCACCGACCUGGAAAAGAUCGAAGAUCUGCUCUGCGACUCGGAACUGCGUGCCGAGUGCGACAAGAUCACCUCGUGGCUGCUCAACUCCUCGGAGAAGUGCGUGCGCCAGGAUAACAGCAGCGAGAUCAGUGAGCUGCUCUCCUGCAAAUCCUCGCCUCGUCCCGCCCCACGCACUCCCAAGGCCACUCCGGCCACGCCCCGCAGCCCCAGGACACCGCGCACUCCCAAGUCGGCGGCCAGCACGCCGAAGAAGACGAUCCUGUUCGCCGGCAAGGAGAACAUGCCCAGCCCGCCCCAGAAGCAGGUGCUUAAGGCGCGCAAUGUCUAGGCUUCUCCUUUAGGCCACCAUUUCCUAUAAUGUACUACUUUAAAUUAUGUCCUAGCUAAGAUCUGAUUUGAAAAAUAUAUUUAAUACAUGCAUGUUGCAUACAACCAGA